CUCAGAGUGAGAGGUGGCAUCUACUGAGGUUAUCAGCCGGGGGCAGAGCCUUGAGUGAGAGUGCUGCGCUUUGACCGAAUGGGAAUGACGGACUGUGGACCGAGGCGCUAGAUGCGGUACACCCUGACACAAGACCCGUGGGAUUUAUAUCACUUUGUCAAUUGUUACAAGAUUGGGACUGCCUGCCUGCUUGCCAGUCUAUGCGCACCGGUACAAAAACUUAAGUCAAGAAUUAAAGAAAUUAAUGUGACCAGGAGAAACAAGUUUUACGCCGUCAAAACAAACUGCGACUCUUUCGGAGAAACUCCAUCGGUGGCUUUAACAGUCACACUAGAUAAACGGGUCGACCUGUGCUUCUCGUCUUCCAGUGGAUGCUUACCCAUGGAUUAAACCAAUUUAAAGGGUCAAUUGAUCCGCCCCAUUACUGUUAUAAGACAAGCUAUCACCUCAUAUCAAUCGGUGAGCCGUUCCAGUAACAAGAAAUCCCCUGUGUGGAUUGUAUGCUGGUUUGGCAACAGUAUCACUCCAAAUCUCAAGAUGACUGCAGGAUAUUUGUUAAGGUCGCUGCUGUUGCUCAUUUUAGCUCUCUUCUCCGCAAACGCAAGCAACUGGCUGUACCUGGCCAAGCUGUCGUCGGUGGGCAGCAUAUCAGAUGAGAAGACGUGUGAGAAGCUGCGCGGCCUGAUCCAGCGACAGGUCCAGCUGUGUAAGCGGAACCUGGAGGUGAUGGACGCCGUGCGGCGCGGCGCGCAGAUCGCCAUCGAUGAGUGCCAGUUCCAGUUCCGCAACCGCCGCUGGAACUGCUCCACGCUGGAGACCGUGCCCGUGUUCGGCAAGGUCGUCACUCAGGGAACGCGAGAGGCAGCAUUUGUGUAUGCCAUCUCGGCGGCGAGCGUGGCGUUUGCGGUGACGAGAGCGUGUAGCAGUGGGGAGCUGGAGAAGUGUGGCUGCGACCGCAACGUCCACGGCUUCAGUUCGGAGGGAUUCCAGUGGUCUGGCUGCUCUGACAACAUCGCCUAUGGCGUUGCCUUCUCGCAGUCCUUUGUGGACGUCAGGGAGAGGGGCAAGGGCCAGUCCUCCAGUCGGGCCCUCAUGAAUCUCCACAACAAUGAAGCCGGGAGAAAGGCCAUCCUGAGCAACAUGCGGGUGGAGUGCAAGUGCCACGGCGUGUCAGGCUCGUGCGAGCUCAAAACGUGCUGGAAGGCCAUGCCACCCUUCCGCAAGGUGGGCAACGUCAUCAAGGAGAAGUUUGACGGUGCCACGGAGGUGGAGCAGCGCAAGAUCGGCUCCACCAAGGUCCUGGUGCCGCGCAACUCCCAGUUCAAGCCGCACACGGACGAGGACCUGGUCUACCUGGACCCCAGCCCGGACUUCUGUGACCACGACCCGCGCACACCGGGCAUGAUGGGCACCGCGGGCCGGCACUGCAACAAGACGUCCAAGGCCAUCGAUGGCUGCGAGCUGAUGUGCUGUGGCCGGGGCUUCCACACAGAGGAAGUGGAGGUGGUGGACCGAUGCAGCUGCAAGUUCCACUGGUGCUGCUAUGUCAAGUGCAAACAGUGCCGCAAGAUGGUGGAGAUGCACACCUGCCGGUGAUUCUAGAACCGAGCCCCGAGUCUGCUCCCCCUACCCCUGGAUGAUCCCUUUUUUAUUUACAAAGAGCGAUGGUUCGCUCUCUUGCUCUCUCUCUCUCUCUCUCUCUCUCUCUCUCUCUCUCUCUCUCUCUCUCUCUCUUCACCCCUCCACCCCAAUAAACACAUCCUAAUCCUAGAAGUCCAGGGAAAAUGCUGAUGAACAAAAAAGGGUGGACAAAGAAAGCCCUCGAAGAAGCCGCUCUUCCUAACAUUGUUAACAUGUGCUAGAGGAACAUGGCAUUAAGCAACACGGGACACAUUACAAGCAAGAUUUCUUCUUUGCAAUGUCCCAGUCAGAGUUCUAUUUUUUCUGUCUCUCUCCUUUCAUGCCUUUUUCUAAAAAAAAUGUGGUCGCUCUCUUAUUUUUGUAUUUUUAACUUAUUUAAGUGUAUUAGAGAGUAAACCCUGAUGUGACAUUAUCCCCAGGCAAUAGCUUUUGGGAUGUGGGCAUCAUUGGUUGGAAAACCAAUAUUUUUUGUGGGGAGGUUUAGGGCUGUUCAAAGGCACAUAGCCUGUGUGCGUGCGUGCAUGCGUGCGUGUCUGUCUGCGUGUCUGUCUGUCUGUCUGUCUGUCUGUCUGCGUGUCUGUCUGU